ACCAAGGGUGGCACGACCACACACCCCUACACACCUGAAGAAGAGGCCAAGGCCGCCGCUAUCCUGAAAGAGAGGAGAGAGAAGAAGGAGGCCAAGAAGAAGGCUUUGUUGGAGGAGCAGGCGGCGAAAUUGAAGAAGAUUGAGGAGGAGAUGGCCAGAGAGAAGGAGAGGUUGAAAAAAGAAGAAGAAGCGAAGUUAAAAGAGGUGGAAGAGGAGGAGGAGGAAGAGGAACAGCCGCUGGAAAGGAGGAGAGAGCAACGAGGGCAGUACAACGGAAGUAAAAGCGAUGAAAUGGAGAAGAGGAUUUCAGAAUGGGUUGCCAACUUGUCUUUGGGCGAAGAGGACGAGGUUGCUAUGUAUAUUCCCAAGGAUGAGCAAGAGGCCGCCAUGAAAGAAUGGGAUGCAGAGGAAGAUCCCCUGAAGCGACAAGCGAUGGAGGAUGAGAAAAAGAUGGAGUGGAUGCUCAGGAUAAUGAGGGAAAAGAAGAGGAGAUUGGAAGCAGCGAGUGAGGCGGCCAGGGAACUACAGCAAGUAAAGAACUUGAGAGAACAGAUGGCCGCCCAGGUGGAUCUCCAACGAAAGGUGGAGAUCAUUGCCCAGAGUGUUGAGCGCUUAGCCUGGGUACAAGGAGAACAGUAUGAGUUUAGUAGAAGUCAGGAUAUGGCCGUGCGCUCGAUGCGGAUGGGAUUCCUGGAUUUUUCCCGCGAACGGGUAGGCACAGUAGGGGCCGAGGCGUAUUUCCGCCUAGAACAGGAUGGGAAGGUGGAGAAGGUCCUCUAUUCCCUGACUCUGCUAGUAGAGGAUAGCCUCCCGUUUGACAUAGUCCUAGGUAUGGACUGGGGAGAGGCAGCAGGGGCCACACUCCAUUUGAGAGAGCACGAGUGUAGGCUCCCUAGCCCGUCAGGUGGUGUUAAGACUGCCCGUCUGUUCCAUGUGUCAGGAGUAGACAACUCCCUGGCGCAUUGCUGCCUUAGUGCUCCUGCGUUCGCACGACUAGUAAAGAAGGAGCAACUAGAGGAACAGGUUUUUGUAGCCUAUGUUAGGCCAGCGACUGAGCCUAAGGAGGAGAAGCCUAUAGACCCUGCUAUUGCCAAGCUGCUGAAGGAGUUUAAGGAUCUAGCUGAGCCGCCGAUAGGAGUAGUCCCGCGGCCCAUCCAGCAUCGAAUCGAGAUAGAGCCUGGCAGUAGAACGCCCAAGGGAGCCGUGUAUAGGAUGUCCCCGCGGGAAUUAGAGGAGUUGCGCAAGCAACUUGACGAGCUCCUAGAGAAGGGUUGGAUAAGGCCCAGUUCGUCCCCAUUCGGGGCACCUGUUCUGUUCGUUCCCAAGAAAGAGGGAGAGCUUAGACGAUCUUUUGAAUCGGGUGCAGGGGUGUAGAUAUUUUACGAAGAUAGAUUUAAAGUCUGGAUAUCAUCAGAUAGAGGUUCACCCUGAUGAUCAGUACAAGACAA